CAGGCAUCAUCACUACCCAAGUCCGACUAAUUGUUGUCUUUGUUUGUUUUAUAGCCCUUAGUUUUAGUUGGUUUUUUUAUUAGAAAAAUUGAACUUUUUUACGAGAUUCCAAUUUCGGGGAAUCGAAUAAUCCACGGAUUUGGGAGGAGGCUCUACUAUCCUUCUUGUUCGGCGAAUCAAAUAGUAGAUUAGAGAAAGAGAAAAAGCAAUCUUGUCAAAAUCUCGGAAAAGAGGUGACAACUAGCUGAUCUCUAACUUCUCCUUAUAUGGAAAACAUAACCGCUUUCGGCGAUUAUUUUACUGGAGCGUUUUCGGUUUUAUUGGCGAAAAAACUUUAGAUAAGCGAAUUUAUAUACAAUUGAGGUUGUUGUGCGGGCCGCGUCGAGUAAACCAGUCAGUAUUAUCUUAAUUUUCUUCCGUCAAGCCGGAUAUUCGUCUCUGAAAUGUCAUAUGCUUGCAAAAGUAUUUACGCGGCACUCCCGAAAACGCAAAGGGGUCAGCCUCUAGUGUUGGGCGGAGAUCCCAAAGGAAAGAAUUUUUUAUACACCAACGGCAAUUCUGUAAUAAUUAGGAAUAUAGCGAAUCCGGCCAUUUCUGAUGUGUACACGGAACAUUCUUGCCAAGUAAAUGUUGCCAAAUAUUCUCCCAGCGGUUUUUAUAUCGCUUCCGGCGACCAGUCCGGCAAAGUCCGAAUUUGGGAUACCGUCAACAAGGAACACAUUCUUAAAAAUGAAUUCCACCCGUUCGGCGGGCCCAUUAAAGAUAUCGCCUGGUCCCCCGAUAACCAACGUAUGGUCGUUGUCGGGGAGGGCCGAGAGAGAUUCGGUCAUGUUUUCAUGUCCGAAACUGGCACUUCGGUAGGAGAAAUUUCGGGUCAGUCGAAGCUCAUCAAUUCUUGCGAUUUUAGACCAGCCAGACCAUUUAGGAUCAUUACCGGGUCAGAAGAUAACACCACUGCAGUUUUCGAAGGACCUCCCUUUAAAUUUAAGAUGACUAAACAGGAUCACAGCAGGUUUGUACAGGCGGUCCGUUACUCUCCUAAAGGAGACUUGUUCGCGACCGCCGGUUUCGACGGUAAAGUGUUCCUGUACGAUGGUACCACCUCUGAGUUGGUCGGCGAGGUGGGUAGCCCCGCACAUUCGGGUGGGGUUUACGGGGUAGCCUGGAGUCCUGACGGCAAACAGCUGCUUACCACCAGCGGCGACAAGACUGCCAAGCUGUGGGACGUUUUUAGCAGGGACCUCGUCACUGAAUUCAAGCUCGGCAACGCUAUCGAAGACCAACAGGUUUCUUGUCUGUGGCAAGGCGAGCACAUUUUGUCGGUGUCCCUGAGCGGAUUCAUUAACUACUUGGACGUGAACAACCCAGAAAAACCCCUGCGGGUCGUGAAAGGUCACACCAAACCGAUAACGGUGCUGACAUUGUCAGAGGAUCGUUCUUCGAUAUUUACCGGUUCCCAUGACGGCAUCGUCACCAAAUGGAACACCGCGACGGGCGAGAACGAGAAAAUCGACGGGGCCGGUCACGGGAACCAAAUCAACGGCAUGCGCGCACACAACGGCACCCUCUACACGUGCGGUAUCGACGACAGUUUGAAACAAAUCGACAUCGAGGGUAACGCGUACAGGGCGGCGGAUUUGAAGCUCGGCUCGCAGCCCAAGGGCAUGGAUAUACUGAGGGAACAGGGCGUGAUCGUCGUCGGUAGCAUCAACGAAAUCACCGUCGCCAAGGACAAUAGGAAAUUAAGUGCGCUCAAGGUCGGCUACGAACCGAGCAGCGUCAGCUGUUCGCCUCGAGGUCACGUCGCGGUGGGCGGUACCGUCGACAAUAAGGUCCAUAUCUACGAAUUGGACGGCGAUAACCUCAAACUGGUCCAGGAAUUGGACCAUUUGGGUCCCGUCACGGACGUCGCUUAUUCCCCGGACGACAAAUACCUGGUGGCCUGCGACGCCAACCGGAAAGUCGUCUUGUACGCCACCGAAGAUUACAAGCUCGCGAACAACAAGGAGUGGGGGUUCCAUAACGCGCGGGUGAAUACGGUCGCGUGGUCGCCCGAUUCAAAGCUUGUGGCGAGCGGUAGCCUCGACACUAGCAUCAUCGUGUGGUUCGUUGACAAACCGGACAAGCACAUCAUAAUAAAGAAUGCGCAUGCGCAAAGCCAAGUCACGAGGCUCGCGUGGGUGGACGAAAAGACGGUGGUGUCUGUUGGCCAAGACGGCAACACGAAGCUGUGGACGAUUACCCCGUUUUAAGUUGGGCGGGGCGUGGAGGGGAGCGUCCAGGGUUUUUGAUUAUUUGGUCCUAUUUCGUUUGCCUUUUUCGCAUUUAACCGAACUCUUUUUACACUUUGUUAUUUCCGAUAGGUUCUUAUUUAUUUAUUUGCGCAUUAUAUUUAUAUACGAUUAUUUUUUUGCUCAUGGUGUGACGGUUUUCGGAGUUUUUUUUUUUCGGCUUCGUGGGUUAUAUAUUUAUCUGUACAGCGAAUUUUCAUUAUAAGAUCUAUAACAAUUUUGCGACGGUUGGCUAAUCGAGUGGUUCUAUUAGGAAUGUUGUAUAUUUUAAGACUUAGGUAAGAAACUAAUGUGCAUAACAAAGUAUUAAUUU